GCUGUUUAUGUAACGCAUAUAAAUAUAGCACAAACCCAAAGCCCUAGCUUCUUCUGCGGCCUCUUCUUUUCCUUCACAGUUUCAUAUUGGGGAUUUCCUGAACGAUCUUCACCGGAUCAGGUCGGGAGGAGCAGGCGAUGGCUCCGCAGCAGCCAAAGAGCGGCCUCUUUGUGGGGUUGAACAAAGGUCAUAUUGUAACAAAGAAAGAAUUGGCUCCACGCCCAUCUAACAGAAAAGGAAAAACAAGCAAGAGGGUACACUUUGUGAGAAACCUGAUCAGAGAAGUUGCUGGGUUUGCACCUUAUGAGAAGAGAAUUACUGAACUUCUCAAAGUUGGGAAGGACAAGCGUGCCUUAAAGGUGGCAAAGAAGAAGCUUGGUACCCACAAGAGGGCAAAGAAGAAGCGUGAGGAAAUGUCAAGUGUCCUGCGCAAGAUGAGGUCUGCUGGUGUUGACCACAAGAAGAAGUGAGAGCAUGCAUCAGGCUGCACAAAUGACUUGAACAAGUAGAGUUCUACCGUUUUCUGUUUUGAUUUCAAUGAAAGUUCAGUAGUUAAGAGGUUUAGUUUUUGUCUAGGAUCUGAAGUGGAGAAUUAAAUUUUGUGCUUAACUUGUUUUAGUCUAUAUUGAGAUCCGAUUAUGUCCUUUAGAUGGCAAAGGAAAAUUAAUAGAUUCUAUCUUUACAUAUCUUUUGUGAUAGAUACUUCUAAUGCACCAAGUGUUCUUACUGCUA